AUGGCAUCGAGACCGGAACUCAAGCUCGAUGACGAGGGUGGUUUCAUCCGCAACUUUCGGUCCUUGCCCCCCAAACCAGACGGUGGUAACACUAUCCGUGUCUUCGACCGAACCGACUGGUACUCCGCACAUGGAGAAGACGCCGAGUUUAUUGCAAGAACCGUUUACAAGACCACUGCCGUCAUAAGGAAUCUUGGGCGCAGCGACAAUGCCCUGCCCAGCGUGACCAUGUCAACCACCGUUUUCCGAAAUCUGCUCCGAGAAGCGCUCUUCAAACUUGGCAAACGAGUGGAGAUCUGGGAAGCAAGUGGAAAGGCCCAGUGGGCACUGGCACGCCAAGCUAGCCCUGGCAAUCUGCAGGCUGUUGAGGAUGAGCUGGGUUCUGGGCUGGACAGUCAGGGCGACAGCGCCCCGAUCAUUCUGGCUGUCAAGAUCAGCGCCAAAGCGGGCGAAGCUAGAAACGUGGGUGUCUGUUUUGCAGAUGCAAGUGUCCGGGAACUCGGUGUCAGCGAAUUCCUCGACAAUGAUCUCUACUCCAACUUCGAGAGUCUGCUGAUUCAGCUGGGGGUUAAGGAGUGCAUUGUUCCGAGUGAUGGCUUGAAAAAAGACCCCGAACUGGCUAAAAUACGACAAAUCGCCGACUCAUGUGGAAUCGCCAUCUCUGAGAGAGCCGCGGCCGACUACGCGACCAAAGACAUUGAACAGGAUCUGGCCAGGCUUCUCAAGGGUGAGAAUGCGAUAGGAUUGUUGCCCCAAACAGACCUCAAGCUGGCCAUGGGCGGCGCAGCAGCAUUGAUCAAGUAUUUGGGCGUUUUGACGGAUCCUAGCAACUUUGGCCAGUUCCGGCUGUAUCAGCAUGACUUGGGCCAAUACAUGAAGCUUGACGCCGCCGCACUGAGGGCGCUCAAUCUCAUGCCUGGACCAAGAGAUGGUUCAAGAAAUAUGAGCCUGUUCGGUCUUUUGAAUCACUGCAAGACCCCGAUUGGUGGCCGCCUGUUGGCGCAGUGGCUGAAGCAGCCAUUAAUGAACCUGUCUGAAAUCGAGAAAAGACAGCAGCUUGUGGAGGCCUUCGUCACCGAUACAGAACUUCGUCAGACCAUGCAAGAGGAACACCUUCGGUCCAUCCCCGACCUGUAUCGCCUGGCCAAGAAGUUCCAGCGCAAAGUUGCCAACCUGGAGGAUGUCGUACGCGCGUAUCAAGUCAUCAUACGGCUCCCAGGUUUUAUCGAAGCCCUGGAAACCGUCGUUGAUGAGCAAUAUCAAGUCCCGCUUGAAGCACAGUACACGUCCAAGUUACAGGAGCUGUCAAAUUUCCUGGGCAAGCUUGCGGAAAUGGUUGAGACGACCAUCGAUCUGGAUGCUCUGGACCGUCAUGAGUUCAUUAUUAAACCAGAAUUUGAUGAUCGACUGCGCGACAUCAAGACCAGGCUCGACACCGUCAAACGUGACAUGGACAAGGAACAUCGUCGGGCAGGCCAAGAUCUCGACCAGGAGCUGGACAAGAAACUCUUUCUGGAAAACCACAAAGUCCAUGGACAUUGUUUCAGGCUAACCCGCAAUGAAGCGGGCUGCAUCCGCAACAAGAGCCAGUACCGCGAAAUCUCGACACAGAAGAAUGGGGUUUAUUUCACCACUCAGACUUUACAGGAACUGAGGAGAGAGUACGACCAGCUGUCCGGGUCCUACAACCGGCAGCAGUCGUCACUAGUCUCGGAAGUGGUCUCUGUCGCAUCUUCAUACACUCCCGUCAUCGAACAGCUUGCCGCCAUCAUUGCUCAUUUAGACGUGGUAGUCAGUCUGGCCCAUGUUUCGGUCCAUGCUCCUACGGCAUACGUGCGGCCAAAGAUACAUGAACGGGGAAGUGGGGACACCGUUCUGAGAGAGGCUCGCCAUCCAUGUAUGGAAGCUCAGGACGAUAUGAACUUCAUCACCAACGACGUGGAAUUGAGACGUGACAUUUCAAGGUUUCUCAUAAUAACAGGGCCGAACAUGGGUGGCAAGUCGACUUACAUCCGCACCAUCGGAUGCAUAGCUCUGAUGGCCCAGAUUGGUUGCUUUGUCCCAUGCAGUGAAGCAGAGUUGACAAUAUUUGACUGCAUCCUUGCUCGGGUAGGAGCUUCAGACUCACAGCUCAAGGGGGUCUCGACAUUCAUGGCCGAAAUGUUGGAGACGGCGAACAUCCUGAAGAGUGCUACUCGAGACUCGUUGAUCAUCAUUGACGAGCUUGGUCGUGGUACCAGCACCUACGACGGCUUCGGUCUCGCCUGGGCCAUCAGCGAAGAAAUUGUGGGCCACAUUGGAGCUUUCGGCUGCUUCGCAACUCAUUUUCAUGAAUUGACCGCCCUCGCAGACAAAUAUCCCAACGCGGUUAAGAACUUACACGUGGUGGCGUUUGUAGGUGACCAGGACGGUGCCGCGAUCAACGGUGACGGUGACGGUGAGGCAUCCACCAAACGGCGAGAGGUCACGCUACUAUACAGAGUUGAACCCGGAGUCAGCGAUCAAAGUUUCGGCAUUCAUGUGGCUGAGCUAGUCAGAUUCCCGGAGAAGGUGGUCAACAUGGCGAGGCGAAAGGCGGCAGAAUUGGAGGACUUUACCACCGUCACAGGCGAACAGAAGAAGACGGAAUAUUCCAAGGAGGAAGCUGAAGAAGGCAGUCGUCUGCUCAAGGCGAUUUUGACAAAGUGGAAAGAACAAGUUGAAGGGCAGGAUAUGAGCAAGGAUGAGAAACUCCAGCUCAUGAGGGAUAUGGUCAAGAAGGAUGAAAAACUCACGGCUAAUCGGUUCUUUCAAUCUGUCCAGGUAUUGUAA